CUUAAGCUUUCGAUACCUUGUCAUGUAGCGUCGCGCCUGUACGGCCGUAUAAUACAUGUCAUGGACCGCAGCUACACCUCGAUGACUGACAUGCAUACCUUUCUUCCACCACACAGUAACCUGUCGCAAAACCAGCAACAAAAGCGAGGCUUGCAACAAGUGGGAAGCUUACCUCUGUCGGCGUCACCACAGCAGCUGUCGCUAUCAGCCGGAUUACUACCUCCCUCUUCCUAUUCUACAAACCCUUACCACUCAUCACCGUACACGACAAACGCGUCGCCAUUUGGCUAUCAUCAGGCACCUCCUCUUCACCAUCAACAACACAGUCCCUUCCAGCACAACCCUCUCGCCCCACCACCUCAGCCCCAACAGAUCCCUCAGUCACCACUAAACCCACGCAAGCGACGUGCAAGUGAACUCGACCCUCAUUCUCUUCCUGGAUCUUCUCUCGGCGGCUAUGGUCUUGACCAGCAUGGCAUCUUUGGUAACCCUGACCGUCAGAACAGCGACCAGAACUACGUGCUGAGUGGACCGUCGAGCGGUGGCACGGGACCAGGUGAUCAGGGGAUUCCUCGACACGACACUCCGCCUGCGCGACCAAAGAAGGGACGAACCAACACGCCCUGGACACCCGCGGAAGAGCAGAGGUUGAAGGUGAUGAGAGAUGCGGGUAACAGCUGGAGCGAGAUUGCAAAGACGUUUCCCACACGGACCGAAGGCAGUGUCAAGAAGCACUGGUACAAGAGUUUGCGGAAGACGAGANGCGCGGCACUACUCGCUGCCAUCAAAGAGUACGAGCAGAGCAAGUGGAAGGUCAUUGGACAGAAAGUCGGUAAACCUGCCAAGGUGAGUGUGGAGAUCUCCUUUCUCGAAACCUAUCCUUGCUCUUGA